AUGUUCUCACAGUUCACACUACCCUCGCUGCCGCCGCUGCCGUCGUGGGGUCAGCUCAGCGGCGGGAUCAAACUCCCCAAGGCCGACAUCCACGACGUCGAGGAGCGAGCCGAGAAAAGAGCUCGCACGCUGAAGCACCUGCUCAAGGCGAAUCACAUUAAUUACAGCAUCAUCUACAACAACCUCCGCUUCCACAACCACACCCCCCAUAUCCUCGGCUCAGCCUACAUCUUUGGCGCCGAUCACGAUGAGCUGACACACAUCUAUGAGGCGGAAAGCAAGCAUCUAGAGCCAUGGCAAGACACCUGUGAUAGAUACCAACGGGCCUUCAUUGAUUUCUUUGAAGAUCAGCUCGUCCAACAUGGCUACGACUGGCAUGCCCUCUUGAAUCACUUCCUGCUUUCCGGGAAAGAGCCUCUCAUCAAUAACCUGAUCGCUGGCCUCGCACAUCCACUCAUCCACUUGGGCUAUGCAGAAGAGCUCUCAUCCCGUACAGUGGCAGUUGAAGCUCUGGGGCUUGCCGCUUGUUUCUACAACGACUGGCACGUCUUCCUUGACAACCCGAAAUACACCAAGCCGGCCCCAAACCCCACAGACUCGCUCUUCGGCAUUUUGGAGCGGGUUCGCAAUGACACCAGAUUCAACAAUUUAUCCGAUCAUCUCGGCAGCGACAAUAUAGAUAAAAUACUUGGCAAUGAGGAGCUGGCGGCCGCAGCUUUAGAGUACUGGAAUUCCUGGGAUCUGAAGAAGCCAACUGAGCAAUUCGCCGAGUCGCAGAAGCUCGCGGUCGCGCUUGUAGUGGCGGCCGAAGAACCUUCCAACGACAAGGGGUAUGACUUCUUUGGAGUUCACCUCUUGACCAGCUCGCACGCUGUACGAACUCUCCUGCCAACUCUGCCUAACAAACACCAUAUCUCUCUCGUCCGACAAUGGUGGCUCUUCACAUUGCUGGUGUACAUUGCACAGUUGAGACCCAAGAUCAACAUCGACAAUAUCAAGCUGGUGGAGCUGGAGGGCCGCGAUUGGCAGUUCGUCACCGAGAAAGCUCUCAAGAGCAAAUGGCGCACAGAUGCCCAUUUUGUCAAGGCGUUGCGAUGUAUGCAUGAGGCAAGCAAGACAUGGGGUGAUGCCAACCAGUUCUACCUCAAGUCCGCUGUCAAGAUGGCGCAAGAAUUCAGAGGCUGGGGUGGUUUUGGCCCAAACCAGCUAGAGGAAGAAGCAGAUGUCCAAAAUAUUGCCGCUCGAAACCACAGGCGGUUCUCUGGGCAAGGCGAGGGAUUGUACGAGUACGAUGCAUGA